AUGGGUGAAAUGCCGUCUACGGGCGAACGUCGCCUCCUAGAACAUCUCCUUUGGAAACCGGUUACCAUUGCUGAUGUCGAGGUUCUUGUCCCUGCAUUCAUCAAGAGCGCCGUAGUCAUUGAUCAGCUGGUUGUGAACAUUGGCUACUUUAGUGCACUAGGACUCAUUCCGUCUCGUUCGCUCGAGCGCAUGCUCAUACAUCUCUUUCCUGUUGGUGAUGAUCAAAAUUACUUGUACGAAACAACAAAGGCUCGUAUUGAGUUUGAAUGCCAGCGCCGCCAACACUUGGAGUACAUCGACAGUCAAAAGCGCGUCGGGCCUUGUGGGCAACUCGAUAGAGUGAUCAAUAGAGUCCAGCAUUUUGCGACAGGUGUCGACUUCUCUCGUUCGCGACUGCACAAUGGCCCAGGUCUGACGGAUCGGAAGCAUCCUAAGGUCCGGUUGCCGCAAAAUGACACGCGACUGGCCAGCGCAAUGUCCAGCCUCCUGGCUUCGGAAAUGAACACUGAGCCGGAACAAGAUUUUAUGUGGGGGCAGAGCAAAGCCAUCUUUGACUCUCUAUCUGGCGGAAAGCAGAAGGGGAAGAUUGUCGUGAGCCUCCCACCCAAAGAACCAGCGGCUAUGGCUCAAACUACUAUACACACUUUUGCCAUCCGAAAGGUGGACGGAUCAUCACUGUGA